AUGUGUUCAGACUCAUAUUCAGACAGAUCCAACUCCCUGGACUCUACCAGUUCAAAUUCGAGCUAUCACUCUCUUCCUGAUGUUUGUACUUCAACAACAAGAACAGACGAAAAUAUUUCAUUCACAAGCGACUAUACAAUAUCGGAUGCUAGACCCAACUCUUUAAUAGAUUCCGAAAAUCAAACUGAUUCUCUAACCCAAGUUCUGCCUCAUUAUGUCACUGCCACUAAUGUUGGAUCAACCUCACAGCAUUCAGUUCGCUAUUCUCAAAUUUCGCUGAAUGAUGUCGUUUCCACUUGUAGUGCGCCAGCCUCACGACGAGAAUCUCCGCUCAUCAUUUCCACUAUAAUCGGGCCAACCUCACAACGAGAGUCUCCAGUUCACUAUCCUCAAACCCAAGUCCUGCCAACUUAUGGCACUUCCACUGGGUGGGAUAUACGAGUCCCGUUUAAUAACAGACCUGCCACAACUCAGCCAUUUCGAUCAUUACCUCAAGCAAGAGCUGCUCUCCUUUCCCUGCGAAACUUGGACACAAACACUGCCAGACAGCAACACCAUCCAGCCAGACUUUCUGCUACAAGACCAAUGGGACAAUUUGGUCAAUGUGGGGAAUGCAAGAGUGCAAGAACAGGAUACAAUUGGUGUCAAUAUUGCAACAACGAACAAUUUCAAAAGAAUUUUGCAAAUUGGACGAGCGGCUCUGAAGACAUCGAUGAUUUUAUUCAAGAAGCUCAACUCAAGGCAACCAAUGUCAGAUCUAUCCUGGAAUGGAUAGAUUAUGAAGAGUUUACAAAUGUGAGGCAUCUUGCAAACGGUGGUAACAGCUCAGUGUUUACAGCAUAUUGGCCUCGCGGACCUAUUCGGACAUGGGACGCAAAUAACAAUGAAUGGGAGCGAGGCUGGGGUCAGGAAAAUUCUGACGUAAUCAUAUUGAAACGUAUACGAAACUCGAAUAAAGUGACGAUAGGAUUUCUAAAAGAGGCAUGCGCAUACCACAAAUUCAGCACGUUGGUUUCGCAUGUCAUACAUUGUUACGGCAUCUCGCGCUGCCCGUUCACUAACGAGUUUAUUGUCGUCACAUCAUAUGCCGAGGAUGGAGAUCUCCGGCGAUAUAUUUCCGAGAACUUUGAUAACUUUACUUUACAGAAGAAAAUUAUCACUCUCAGAGAUAUUGCAAGUGGCUUAGUGGCCAUUCAUAAAGCGGGAUUGUUGCAUAAAGAUUUGCACACUGGGAACAUUCUGCUAUCCGGUACCUGGACAAUGAUAAGCGAUCUCGGUCUUUGCUGGAAUAAUACUGAGCCGGUGGUGAAGGGUGUGCUUCCUUAUGUAGCGCCAGAAGUUUUACGUGGAAAAUCAUACACUCGAGCAGCUGAUGUUUAUAGUAUUGGAAUGAUUAUGUAUGAGCUAUGGUCAGGCAGGCCGCCCUUCGAAGGAAGAGAUUGUGGUGUACAGUUGACAUUGGAUAUAUGUUCAGGGAUCCGUCCUGACCUUCCGUCUGACAUACCCGCAUAUUAUUCCAUUGUUAUGCAAGCGUGCUGGGCGGACAACCCUGAAAUGAGACCUACGUCGCGUGAUUUACAAAGGACAUUUGAUAAUUGGAUUGAAAAAAUUGCAAAUGGAGAGCUGAUCUGUCCCAAGAUUUUUUCCAACAAGAAAUCAGUAAAUUUGAUAUCACAAAGGCAUGAAUCUAGAUUAUAUAGCAUAUCUGAAAAUGGUAGCACGAGUCAACCAAUACCUCCGCUGUCUGCUGAUCAGCAUAAGCUUUUAAAUAAACUGGAUGAACGUCGGGAAGCACUAUAUCAACGUUGUCUUGACGUUCGUCUUAUCGAAAUGGCUGAAGAAAGGUCCAAACAUCAAGAACAAGUAAAUCCGAUGACAUGGACACGGGAACUCAAAACUCUUGCUGAUGAAAUUUUUGGCAAUUCAGUAAACACAAUACCGAUUACGUUUGAUACGGUAACAACUGGGUUUGAGGAUACAAGGACGACAACUAUUGCGAAUAGUAAGUAG